UAACUAUCAGUAUACAUGGACGAUAUACGUUAUAAGUAUGUUGAGUAUGGUCGAGUAUGCUACGUGACAGUUCCAUGGACAGUUCCAGAAUAGAUAGGUUAUGUACCGAAUGAAUUUUACGAUAAAAAAGGAACGUAUUGAAAAUGAGUGAAAAAAAUGCUAAUACUGCUUUGAUUCGGAGGGUUAAUAAAUUGCUCGAGUCGAGAGUAGAACAUGACAAGGAUACACUCGAAGCUUUGAAGGAAUUAUCUACGUUCUUCACGGAGAAUACAUUGAACGCCCGUCGGAAUUUACGUAGUAAAAUAGAAAGAAGAAGCCUCGCGAUAAACGAAGAAUUUUUAUCUGCCUUUAGAGAAGUGAAAUCUUCUUUACACGACAUAUAUCAGGACGUUCUAGAAAUGAAUACCGCGGUACAAUGUAUGACGAAUCGUUUACAAACUACGAAAACGCAAAUGUUGCAGUUAAUCGGUCAAACAACAAAACUUCAAAAUAAAAGUCAAACUUUGUCAAUGCAAUUAGAAGUUGCAAAUGCUUUCAUUAAAAAUUUUCAACUAUCACAAUCGGAUUUAACCAUCUUACAUGGGUCUAGUAGGGAGUCACCCAUUACGGAAGAAUUUUUCUCUGUAGUUAAUCGUGUCCAGGAAAUCCAUACCAGCUGUAGGAUAUUAAUGCAGUCAGGAUACCAAACGUUGGCUUUAGAUGUUAUGCAAAGAAUGACAUUGUUACAAGAAGCAGCUCUUGAAAGAUUGUACAGAUGGACACAAAACCAAUGCAAACACGUUGAAAAUGAACGUUUAGCGCCAUUGCUAAUUAAAGCAAUGAAUAAAUUACAGGACAGACCAGUUUUAUUUAAGUAUAUUUUAGAUGAAUAUUGCGCAGCCAGGAGAACCGCUUUAGCAGGUUCUUUUAUAGACGCGUUAACGUUAGGCGAAGGAUACGGCGGUACGCCUAAUCCUAUCGAAAUGCAUGCGAACGAUCCUAAGCGGUACAUCGGAGAUAUGCUUGCUUGGCUCCACCAAGCUAUUCCCGUCGAGAAAGAAAAUAUAUUAACUUUAGUAAAGGGCUGUGACAAAACAGAUGUAUCGGAUCAGAUUAAGCAAUGUUUAAGUAAUAUCACAGAGGGACUCUGUCAUCCUUUGAAGUCAAGGAUGGAACAUGUCAUUUCUAUGGAUGCACCGGCAACAGUAUUGUAUUCUGUUACCACUCUUCUUAGAUUCUACCGCGCGAUAAUUCAGCAAGUAGUACCUGACAGUACAUUGGACUCAACUUUGGCUGACUUGUUAAUAAUGAGCGAGAAAAGUUUUCUCAGCAGACUCCAAAAGGAGACGCGUAUCGCGCUUGGCGAACGCGCAGAACCUCCGGGAAAUGAUUUAGUACCUGCUCCAUCUGUUUCAAGAUUACUAUCGCUUCUCAAUGAAAUUCUUUCCGUGGCAAGUAUCGCGGAAGAUAGAGAAAAAGAUAUGUUACAGAUAGUAUCGUGCAUCAUCGAUCCUCUUUUGCAAGAGGUUAACGAAACAGCAUCGAGGUUACCUACGGUAGACAUGGCUGUGUACCUUUUAAAUUGUAUGCAUCAAAUUCAGUCUACUUUAGCAUUAUACGAAUACAUGGACCAAAGAUUAGAAAGGUUACAGGCCCAGUCUGAUGCCCAAAUCGAUACUUUAACAUCGGAGCAGGCUAGUUCUUUAGUCGCACAUUUAAAUCUUGGAUCGAUUUAUACGAUACUACAGGGGCACGAACAGGGUCCGUUAUCUUCCGUCCCUGGUAUGGACCCUUUAAGCGUGAAAGAAUUUACAAACAAGCUGGAAGCAUUCCUGGUGAUGCCAGAUGUGUUACUGUUGCCCCAAAUAAGUUUAUUGCAAAGCAACAAUCAUCGCUUGGUAACACAAAAGCGUUCCUUCGAAGUAAUCGGAGCUAUAUACAAGCAACUGUACGAAGCUUGCCACGAUCCAAAAAAUUUAUAUCAAAAUCCAAACAGUCUAUUUUCGAGGACUCCCGAUGAUCUCUGGCAGACGUUAUUUGCUGCGUAAACGUACAUCGGAAUACAAAUUUAAAAGCAUAAUUGUAUACUAAUUCAAAUUUGUAAAUGCAAAAUUGUAAGAUAAUUUUCUAUAUAUAAAAAUAAAUGCUACACUGGGAAUCCUUAAUUCUUAC